AUGCGGUUGAUUUUGCCAUUUCUAGCGCUCGCGUCAGCGGUUUAUAUUGACGGAAAAUGGGUGCCAAAGUGUUUCAAAAACAGCUGCGCGAUGGGCCGUACAAAAUGCUGCCCUACUUACAACCAAGUCGCCGAAAUUGCGAAGGAGAGUGAACAAGGGCCCGAGGCGGUGCCCUAUGAUUACGAAGAAGAAAUGGCUCAAGGGCCGGUCAUUAUGCCCGCGCCUCAAGUGCGAGUGUUUAAUAUCAAGGACUGGUUCGGCAAUUUGAUGGCCGAAAGCGGAAACAAUCUCCGCCCGAAAAACUGGAUAAAAAAGAUCUUCUCCCUCUUCCAGCGGAAGUUCAUGCCAGACUUUGUCCGACCCCAAUUCAGUAUUCGAAUCGGCGCAAAGCUCUUUGAAAAAGUCGCCGAUUUGCUCAACAACGAUUUGGAAGAUUUCGAGUCACUCAAAGAAAAACUUGGUAAAGAGAUGGCGGAACUCUUGAUCAGACUCAAAGAUGACCUGGAAGAUGUGAUGGUCAUUUUGACCAGCAAUCUUGACUUCGACAAAGAUGUGACUAUAGCCAACUUCAAAGAAGACGUCAUCGACGUCGUCAUUGAUCUUCUCGAAGACCAACUUGGACCCGACUCUUCCCGGCCCAUCAAGGAAGUUCUCAACGAAGCGAAAAAGCGAAUCUUCAAAAUAUUGGACGAAGCGAUUGAGGAAGCUUCGGUUGUGCUCUUUGAUGAAGUUGUCGAACUCAUUGAAAAAAUGACGUAUGAUGAUGGCUUUUCUGUCGAAUCGCCGAAAGAUAUUCUCCUCCUUGAUCUCCUCCGAGCGCUAGAACUUACUUUUGACCCAAACGGAGAUCUGAAACCGGCUCAAUUCAUGAAACUCGUGAAAAAGAGCGUUUCGAAAUUCUUGAAGGACUUCGGCAAAAUGGAAAUUAUCGACAAGAUCAUGCUCAUUAUCGACAGGCUCAGCGCUUCAGACAAGCCCUUCCAUCAGGCUUACGAGGCAUUUCUUGAAGGAGUAAUGGACGUUCUUGGGGAAAAUGGAACAUUUAACGAUGUCAUUCAUGAUUUCAAAGCUUGGGUUCAAAGCUUCUUUUCUAUUCAAAAUCGCUUUGAAAAAUAG